AUGAAAAAUUUUUCGAAUGAAACUAAUGGUGAAGUUGUAGCACAUACUCUUGCAACUCAAAAUAGUUCUAUGCAAAGAUCAAUAUCUAAUCAAGAUUCUAUAAAAUUCAUUCCUAUGCCACCAAUGAAUGGUGAAUCAGAUGAAUCAGCAACUAUGGCAGCACCAACAUUUGUUCAAAUGGCUCGUUUAUUACUUGAGCAACAAAUGAAUUCAUCUUAA